UAGAUUUGCACAUAUCAGUCCAGUUUGGAACGAUUUUCACAACAAAAUUCUUAUAUUUGGGCUGCAGAAAAUAGUUCUCUUAGAUUUGUUUGAAGUGAGAUAAAAAUAAAAGGGCUCUACUACACACACACCCCUACAAUUUUACUUUUUCUGUCACUACCAAACAAGAUUCCAUUUUUAUUCGUUGAAGUGCAGUGUUUCAAAGGAAGAAACAGCAAGACGAAGAAAAGGUACGAGAGACUCCAAUUGCGUAUGCACUAAGCAGAACAUUGGUGCGAGCUUUUGAAAUUGAACAACAUAAACCAAAACAACAAACAAGACAUGUCAAAGGUUGUUUUUGAACCCCAAAUCCAACAACAAAAAACACGCCUCUUCAUCCCCAAUUUCCUUUCCACCCAAGAAUGCAAGGAAUUGGAAUUUAUUCACAAGUGUAGCAGCACCGUAGGUUACAGACCCAAUGUCUUCUCCACCACUCUUUCUCAUCUCAUUGCCACAAAUUCUUCCCAUUUCAUCAUUCCCUUUAUUCCCAUCAGAGAAAGGUUGAAAGACAAACUAGAAGAGUUUUUCAAAUGUGAGUUUGAGCUCUUUAUUGAAUUCACCGGUUUAAUCAGCUGGAGCAGAGGAGCAAGCAUUGGAUGGCAUAGUGAUGAUAAUCGGCCUUAUCUCAAACAACGUCACUUUUCAGUAGUUUGUUAUUUGAAUACAUAUGGAAAGGAUUUCAAUGGUGGACUAUUUCACUUCCAAGACGGGGAACCGGAAACAAUUAUGCCUGCUGCUGGAGAUGUUGUGAUGUACACAGCUGAUGACCACAAUAUUCAUUCUGUUGAUGAGAUAACUGAUGGAGAAAGACUCACACUUGCUUUAUGGUUCACUCGUGAUGGUUCCCAUGAUGAAGAUACAAAGCUUGUUUCUCUUCUUUCACAACACCUAUUAAAUAAGAACAUUGCUGGUUCAUUACUACCUUUGCCUGCAUCCAGCAAUAUGUACUGGUUUUCUCAGGACCAAGCAUCCAAUGACCAGUUUGGUUUUAAUAUUUGUUGGGCCAGACUGCAUAUUCUCGGAUAUAGCAUAUAUAUUUCUCAAGACAGUGACUGUGACUCUGAUGUCUCUGAAUUAAUGGUACAGCCAGUGUGCUUGGUGAGAGGAAGUGAGUUGCUAGACCAUGAAUUUGUCAAUAUUUUGUAUGCGCUUCAGGUUGUCCAAUUUUAUUGUUGGAAAGGAUCUGCCUUGCAGACCAACACGUUAAAUAUAGAUUGCAAGGUAGUAAAUCUGUUGGAUGCGCAAAGAGAGAGAAUCAGAGGUCUAAAUUCUGUACUUCUGAAUGACGGUGAUUUUGCACCCCAAAUUUUUGGUAGAACAGCUUCCGAUGCGGAAGAAAACCGAUGCAUUAGCUUUAAUUGGAAUGGAAUUGUGGCUGCAAUUGCUGCUUGGGAAGAUUAUGUGUUGAAGUUAAGCAAGCAAAUUAAUUUACAGUUGCCUUACUGGAGAAUGCAAGAUUCUUUAUUUAAUGUACAAUUGGAAGCGUAGUAUCGAUAUCAGCAAGCAUACAUUUUUGAAGUUUUGCUUAGAAAGCAUUAUUCAAUUCAAUGUGCUUUGGGCGAGUUUUAAGACCAUGUUGCUCGGGGAAGAGGUGAGAUGUCCAACUCAAGGUUUUCACAAUAUUUAUCAUAAAUUUAAGGGUUAUGCACACUAGAUGAUCAAGCAGCUACUAUAAAUUAACGCACGCCUUUGUUUCGCCUCCACUCAUCAAAAAAGUUAAUUCCACUACAAUGUUAUGCAAACGACAGUAGCUGAACUUCAUAACGAUGAGGUUCAUGUUAGUGUGAACCAAUUUACAAGAUAUGCUUACAUCUCUUUGUCAGUUAUGUGCUCCGAGAAAUGGUGAUGUCCAUUGAUGUAUGCAUCAUCAUUGUCUGACUGCUCCAAGAAAUUGUAAAAUUUUCAUGCAUUGAUUUCAACAAUAGUAAGAGUCACUAAAGCAUUAUUAUGUGUUUUAAAUAAAAUAGUGUCAUAGUAGUAAAACUUAGGCAUUAUUAUGUGUUUUUACUUAGGAGACACUAAAAUAUGUAUAUUUUGAAUCAUUUUCAGUAUCACAGUAAAAACAUGAGGAAUCUUAAACUA